CUCCUUGAUUUGUGGGCUGCAGAAUGGACAUUGUGUUAGCAGGCACAAAAGCAACAUUAAUCUCCUUGUACAUCUCCCUCAGAGCCCGUGGGUGACCAGGUUGUGAAGCAUUCCCAGAGGCUUCAACCAACUCAGCAUCAGCUACUUCUCUGUGACUGGGUCCCGAUUAAGGUCUUCCCAAGAAAGACUUCAUUGGAUCCACAUUCAAGAGGACUCUACCAGGUUUUCCUGACCCCCCUACAUCGCUGUAAAGUGCCAAGGCCUUAAGACUUGGUCACUGUAUAAAUGCCUUGUUUCCUGGGUCCACGGGAAGCAUGAGUCUGUUGGGACUUGGGACAAGAAGAAAACAAGACAUCUUCACAAGAAAAACCAGACACUAACAAAAAGUAUCCCAAAGUCUGAAGAGCUAGAAAACAAACAUGGCGGACAGAGGACUUAGGGAUCCUGCAGAGGCCCCUCAAAAGGAUUUGAAAAAUGACGUAUCAAUAAGUCCUCAGGCACAGGAGACCACAGUCCCCGAAAGUACCAUUGAAGAAGCUCAGACCCCAGACUCUGCCUCUGGUCUCAAUGACGUCGUCCACCAAGGGGUAGAAACCAUAGAUACAGGAAGUGCAGACACAGAUGAUCAAUCAGACAGUCCAGAUGGGACAAAUUAUGGGAACUAUCCAAAGGCUAAAACACAACAUGAGAACAACCAGAGUUUUCAGGAAGAACAGAACCUACCAGAACCCACCAGAUCUCCAAGUGACAGGGUAGAAAGAGAAGAUGCAGUCUUACUGAGCGGCUCUGCAGCCCUGCCUGAGGAGGUGAGCAGCGGACCUGGAGUUUCACCGGAGCCACCUGCCGCAGACCCUCGGGGUGCCCCGAGCCCUGAGCAUUCCCCUGCAGCGCCGGAGAGCCAGGCUACCGUGAGGAGGCGACUGCCGGCACCAGAGGCUGAGAGUCAUCAGCAAGAAACACAAGAGUUGGAAGAAAACAAAGAGAGUGCACUGGAUACCAUAAGAAAGAUGGAUAAAAAGGAUCUUUUGAGUUAUGGCUCCAUCUUUCUUUGCUUCCUGGUUAUGACUGUUGUUUUGAUAAGUUUUGUUAAUAGCUACUGUUCCUCUCCAGCCCAGCAAGUGCCCAAAAAUCCAGCUUUAGAGGCCUUUUUGGCUCAGUUUAGCCAAUUGAAGGAUAAAUUCCCAGGCCAGAGCUCCUUCUUGUGGCAGAGAGGACGUAAAUUUCUCCAGAAGCACCUCAAUGCUUCGAAACCCACCGAGCCAGCCACCAUCAUAUUUACAGCAGCUCAAGAGGGAAGAGAGACCCUGAAGUGCCUGAGUCACCUCGUCGCAGAUGCCUACACCUCCUCCCAGAAAGUCUCCGCCAUUCAGAUCGACGGGGCUGGAAGAACCUUGGAGGACAGUGACACGGUCAAGCACUUGGUUGACAUGGAGCUGAGCUCGGGAUUUGAGAAUGGCCAGAAGGCUGCUGUGGUACACCACUUCGAAUCCCUUCCCGCGGGCUCUACCCUGAUCUUCUACAAGUAUUGUGACCAUGAGAAUGCCGCCUUCAAAGACGUGGCCCUGGUGCUGACUGUUCUCCUGGAGGAGGAGACAUUAGAAGCAAGUGUUGGCCCAAGAGAAACUGAGGAAAAAGUGAGAGAUUUACUCUGGGCCAAGUUCACCAACUCCGACACUCCCCACUCCUUCAACCACAUGGACUCGGACAAGCUGAGUGGGCUCUGGAGCCGCAUUUCACACCUGGUGCUGCCCGUCCAGCCUGUGAGGAACAUAGAAGAACAGGGGUGUUUUUUAUAAGCUAAGCACCGAGUCGGUUUCAGAAGGCACGGAUUUAUUAAAAAGUCAGUUUAAAAACCUGUUUCUGUGGAAGGAGGUUGAUGAAAAGCCUGGCAAGCACAAAGGAGCUUAUUUUAGAAAAAAAAGUUUUUUCAUUUUUUAACUUUUGUAUUAUCUUUCUAAGUUUGACAAAACGUGACCUCUUUUCCUGGCCUUUCAAGCCAAUCAGGUUUAAAAUAUGCAUAGAAUAUAUAACUGAAGCUUUUUUUUUU